AUGAUUCCAAGACAAUUUAUCCGUGCUUCAGCUCCUGUUUUCAGAAGAAACGCAUUCAAUGCUCCCCGUGUGUCGGCAUUGAGGUUCUACUCCAACUUUAAAGCCGAAGAACAGCCUCGGAUCAGAAUCGGGUCCACUGCUCCCAAUUUUCAAGCCGAUACUACCCAGGGAAAAAUCGACUUCCAUGAGUUUAUUGGCAACAAUUGGGUGGUUUUGUUCUCGCACCCUGCUGAUUUCACUCCUGUGUGCACCACGGAGUUGGGAGCUUUUGCCAAACUUGCACCAGAGUUCAAGGAAAGAGGUGUCAAGAUGAUUGGGUUGUCGACUGAAGGAGUCGAAAGUCACAACGACUGGAUUAAAGACAUUGAGGAAGUUGCUACUGAUGGUGCCAAGUUUGGAUACCCAAUCAUUGCCGACGCCAGCAAAGAGGUGGCUUUCAAAUACGAUAUGGUGACCGAAGAAGACUUUGCCAAUAUCAACUCUGGAAUGGUUGCAACUGUGCGUUCAGUUUUCAUCAUUGACCCAGCCAAGAAAGUCAGACUCAUAAUGACAUACCCUGCUUCUACUGGAAGAAACAGUGCUGAGGUUUUGAGAGUUAUUGAUGCUUUGCAAUUGGCCGAUUCAAAGGGUAUUGCUACUCCAAUUGACUGGAGUGUGGGUGAAGAUGUGAUUAUUCCUCCAUCUGUGUCGAACGAGGAUGCCAAGGCCAAGUUUGGUGAGUUCAACGAGUUGAAGUCGUACUUGAGAACCACCAAGCUGCCAAUCGAUUGA